CAAUGGAAACAUAAGCAGUCUCAAGGAAUCUCAAAAAGGACAUUGAUCUGAUUAUUCUUUUGCAGAAUAUAUUCAGCAAGCACCAGAAAUCUUACGAUCCUUGCUUGAACUGAAGUGCUUGCCACCUGGAUCGCAAGCUGCCGACAUAUAUGCGCUCGGCAUGGUUCUCUACCAGAUAUUAUUCCGUGUCGCACCAUUUUAUGAACUUACGACCUCUAAGAAAAGGUUAGUGGAGAAAAUAGCGCAUGGUGGGAAUGAGGAGUGCAUCCGGCCAACGUUCCCAUCAACCUGUUGGGUGGAAAUACCGGAAAUGCGCCCGAAUAUCAAGAAGAUGAAAACAAUUGUCAAUUCGAACCUAAAAUCAACAGGCGGUGGCUCACUUUACACAAUGAAUUUGGAAGCAAUGGUCAAAGAUCGAACGGCGAUGUUGGAGGAGGCGCAACAGCAAGCUGACCGAUUGCUGUACAACAUGUUACCAAGAUCGGUGGCGGACGAUCUCAAAGUUGGUAAGUCGGUACCGCCACAGCUGUAUCCCUGUGCCACCGUGCUAUUUUCGGAUAUCCGCGGCUUCACACGUUUAUCGUCCACUUCAACGCCAUUCCAGAUUGUGCAGUUUCUUAACGAUCUUUUCUCCGGCUUCGAUGAUAUCAUUGCCAAACAUGAUGCUUAUAAGGUUCACUUACUGUUCAUUUCUCUACCUGGGAAUCACCCAGCCAAAACCGGCUCAAGUUUGGCGCACUUCACUUAUUAUGAGUUUUUGCAGAUAUGCAAAUUGCAAAAACGUAUACUGGCAAGAGGCUGUAUGUGUGUGUGUGUGUGUCUGCGUGUUCGCACUUUUUAUCACCCACCUUCAACUCGAGAACCAGAAAAGCUGGAAGGCUGAAA